AUUGGUUGGUGUUGAAUAUGAAUAUGAUCUGAUUUCUGAUGAUUGGUUGGAUAAGGUUUGACCAGGUUGCAUAUAAAGAGUAACAUAAUCUCUUUGUUUGGGGCUUGGAGACUUUUCUAUCUUUUCCAUUGAACCAACAGACUGUCGGGGUCUCAGAAAGAUGAAAGUCUGUGUUGUCCUUCUGCUGCUGCUGCUGCAGACGUGCUCAGUCUCCACUUAUCAAAACGUGGCCAUGCGUGGAAAAGCGACCCAGUCAGACCGUUAUGACCACGCUUUCUCAUCUGCCAGCAACGCUAUUGAUGGAAACCGUUAUAAUCACUUCCAAUCUGGAUCGUGCACCCACACUGAUGAAGAAAGCAACCCCUGGUGGAGAGUGGACCUGCUGGAGCCCUACGUCGUCACCUCCAUCAUCAUCUCCAACAGAGGAGACUGCUGUCAGCAGAGGCUUAGGGGGGCACAGGUCCACAUCGGCAACUCUUUAGACAACAAUGGUGCAACAAACCCAGUGGCUGGUACCAUUUCUAGAAUAGAUUCAAACAAUUUGGAAACUCUGACUUUCACUGAUCGUGUGGAGGGACGCUAUGUGACUGUGCGUAUACCGGGUGAUGGAAGGGUCCUUACCCUCUGUGAGGUGGAAGUCUACGGGUACCAUGCCCCAACUGGAGAGAACCUGGCACUCCAAGGAAAAGCCUCACAGUCAUCCCUGUAUAUGUUUGGCACUGCAUAUAAUGCCAUAGAUGGGAAUCCUGGCAGCAAGUGGGAGGACGGCUCCUGCACUCACACAAAAAACAACAUCAGCCCUUGGUGGCGAUUGGAUCUGCGCAGAACCCACAAAGUGUUUACUGUCAAGGUGACCAACCGAGAAGAAGACCCAGAACGACUCAAUGGAGCUGAGAUCCGCAUCGGAGACUCUGUUGAAAACUUUGGCAACAACAACUCCAGGUGUGCUGUGAUCACAAGUAUCCCUGCAGGUGGCGUCGGUGAGUUUGAUUGUAAGGGGAUGGACGGUCGCUUCGUCAACAUAGUCAUCCCAGGACGGGAUGAGUUCCUGAGUCUGUGUGAGGUGGAGGUGUACGGCUCUCGUCUGGAUUAAGUGAAGAACUGGAGAAGUUCACAAUGCAAAAGAAAACCAAAAAUCACUUCUUUCUAAAAUCAUCUCCUAGAAUGACAGUGAUUGCAUGUUGAGAAUGUUUAGAGCUCUACUUGCUUACAUAUUAUACUGUUUUGGUGCUUUUUUUGGUCACCACCUGGUCCAGGACAUAAUUCUAUGUUAUCAAUUCUGAUAUACAAUAAAAUCAUUAGAACAUUA